GCGAGACUCUGGCGGCGCCUCGGCGUCUGCGCAGGCGCGUCGUCGCAGCCGGCCCCUCGCUGGGAGGGGGCGGCGCGAGCGCGCGAGCAGGGUGAGAGGCCGGGAGACCCCGGCGCGAGCGCCCCCGACCCCUGCCCCGCCUGCGCGCGCCGCCCGCCGCCUGCCGCCCGGUCCCGCCCCGCCCCCGGCGCGCGCCGAGCCGCGCCCUUCGCCCUCUCUGCAGCCCGGGCGGGCUGCUCCGGGCGGCCUGAGGGGCGGCGCCUUCUGCGGCCUCCGCGGCGGGGGGAUGUGAGGGGCGGCCCACGGCUAUGGAGACGGGCCCGGCGCCCCUGGUGGCCCCGCCGCGCCGUCACGGCGCCUCCGCUGCCCCUUCGCCUCCGCCCCGGGGCUCCCGGGCCGGGCCGGUACUAGUGGUGGCACCGGGACCGCCAGUGACUACGGCCACUUCUGCUCCCGUCGACCUGGUGGUCCCCGGGGAGGCUCAGCCCGCCUGGCUUCCAGGGUCGGCACAGACCACGGCCACGACGGCCACGGGCAGCACGCUGGUGGUGCUGACCCUGGAGGCCUCACCCGAAGCCGCGAAGACGCAAGAAUCCCCUGCACCAGGGACAGAGGCAGGAGCGGAGACCUCGGUGGCCUUGGCUUCGGGAGCAGACGCUCCGAAGACGGAAGAGGCUCGAGCCUCGCCCGUCCCAGGACCAGGGACUCCAACUCGGACCCCUUCCAGAACGGCGCCUGGAGCCCUGACUGCCAAACCCCCGCUUGCCCCCAAGCCGGGAACCACAGUGGCUUCAGGAGUGACUGCACCGGGUGGAGCAGGACAGGUGACAGGUGGACAUGGGGCUGCUACAUCAGCAUCCGCAGGGCCGGCGCCCGAGGACCCCUCGGGGCCUGUCCCAGGUCCUCCCGGGACGGGUGAGGCUCCGGUGGCUGUGGUGACGGUGACCCCAGCUCCGGAGCCUGUUGAAAACUUUCAAGACCUGGGCUCCACGUCCAGCCUCGGACCUGGCAUCUCUGGGCCUCGAGGGCAGGCCCCGGACUCCCUGAGCUACUUGGAUUCCGUGAGCCUCAUGUCCGGGACCUUGGAGUCCUUGGCGGAUGAUGUGAGCUCCAUGGGUUCAGACUCGGAGAUAAAUGGGCUGGCCCUGCGCAAGACGGACAAGUAUGGUUUCCUUGGGGGCAGCCAGUACUCGGGCAGCCUAGAGAGCUCUAUUCCUGUGGAUGUGGCUCGGCAACGGGAGCUCAAAUGGCUGGAAAUGUUCAAUAACUGGGAUAAGUGGCUGUCACGGCGUUUCCAGAAGGUAAAACUGCGCUGCCGGAAAGGGAUCCCCUCUUCUCUCAGAGCCAAGGCCUGGCAGUACCUGUCUAAUAGCAAGGAACUCCUGGAGCAGAACCCGGGCAAGUUUGAGGAGCUGGAACGGGCCCCUGGGGACCCCAAGUGGCUGGAUGUGAUUGAGAAGGACUUACAUCGCCAGUUCCCUUUCCAUGAAAUGUUUGCUGCUCGAGGAGGGCAUGGGCAACAGGACCUGUACCGAAUCCUGAAGGCCUAUACCAUCUACAGGCCUGACGAGGGCUACUGUCAGGCCCAGGCCCCAGUGGCUGCUGUGCUGCUCAUGCACAUGCCUGCGGAGCAAGCCUUUUGGUGCCUGGUACAGAUCUGCGACAAGUACCUCCCAGGUUACUACAGUGCAGGGCUGGAGGCCAUUCAAUUGGAUGGAGAGAUCUUUUUUGCGCUCCUGCGCCGGGCUUCCCCACUGGCACAUCGGCACCUUCGGCGGCAGCGCAUUGACCCUGUGCUCUACAUGACAGAAUGGUUCAUGUGCAUCUUUGCUCGCACCCUCCCGUGGGCUUCAGUGCUGCGUGUCUGGGACAUGUUUUUCUGUGAAGGCGUUAAGAUCAUCUUCCGAGUGGCUCUUGUCUUGCUGCGACACACAUUGGGUUCUGUGGAAAAGCUGCGCUCCUGUCAAGGCAUGUAUGAAACCAUGGAGCAGCUUCGAAACCUGCCACCACAGUGUAUGCAGGAGGACUUCCUGGUGCAUGAGGUAACCAACCUCCCAGUGACAGAAGCAUUGAUUGAGCGGGAGAAUGCAACCCAGCUGAAGAAGUGGCGGGAAACUAGGGGAGAGCUGCAGUAUCGGCCCUCACGGCGACUACAUGGCUCCCGAGCUAUCCAUGAGGAGCGCAGGCGGCAGCAGCCACCCCUGGGCCCUUCCUCCAGCCUCCUCAGCCUCCCUAGUCUUAAGAGUAGAGGCUCCCGGGCAGCUGGAGGGGCUCCUUCCCCACCACCUCCUGUCCGCAGGGCUAGUGCUGGCCCUGUUCCUGGGGCUGUCGUCACUGCUGAGGGACUACACCCAUCCCUUCCUUCACCCACUGGCAACAGCACCCCACUAGGCACCAGUAAGGAGACCCGGCGGCAGGAGAAAGAGCGGCAGAAACAGGAGAAAGAGCGGCAGAAACAGGAGAAAGAACGGCAGAAACAGGAGAAAGAGCGAGAGAAGGAGCAGCAAAGACAGGAAAAAGAGCGGCAAAAAUGGGAAAAAGAACAAGAGAAGGAACAGCAGAAGCAGGAGAAGGAGCGGCAGAAACAAGAGAAGAAAGGCCAAGGCCGGAAACUUUCCUUGCGUCAAAAGGCAGAUGGGCCUCCAGCACCCCAUGAUGGUGGAGACAGGUCAGCAGCUGAAGCCCGGCAGGAUGCUUACUUCUGACCUCUUGCUGGGUCUGGAUGACAUGGCCCUCUUCCUUUUUCCUCAGUCAAGAGCAGACCUAGCAGGGGUGUUCUCCCAGCUCCCUUGGCAGGCUCUUCCUUUUUCUGAGGAAAGUGGCUUGAUUCCCCUGACUCCUUGCCAGCUGCUGAUCCCUACAUGGCCUGGACAGCCACAGUGCAUGGGACAGUUAUAUUUCCUAGGGUAGCAGUGACCAAGUCUGGAGACUCUUUCGUCCAGUUAGGCUCAGCUUGGGUCUCUGUCACUCCUACGGGACUCCUUCUGGGGCACUGUCUGAAUUUGCCUUUUGUCACCACAGGGUGACUCUGGCAAUGACAGUUAGCAGUUGCAGAUUCUUACACUCCAGCGGCUUCCCUUAGAUGGUGGAGCUAGGUUCCUUUUCCUGUUUUGGGGCCCUGCCUGUCACCCCACUGGGGGCCAAGGCUAUUUUUUCUCUCCUGGAUAUCCUUGUGUUGUAAUUAUGUACAGAAGGUCAGGUUGGCCUGGGGUGGGGUGCUCUGACCUGUGUUCCACAGUGCUCCUGUACUCCAGUUUAUUUAAGGGGACGUACAGUUGUCCUCCAUUUCCUUCCCACCUGUGUCCUGCUCUCCCUCCUAACCCACUUGCUUUGUAUGCUCAAGCCUCUCUGCCGCCUCAUUAGGAAGCCUGUCUUUCACUUUGUUCCUUUCCAGCCUUCAAGCCCCUCUCUGAGUAAGGGUCUUCCCUUGAGUACAGGGGGUGGAACCCAAUGUUUACAUUCUCUUCUGUCUUGGUCCCCAUCCCAGUGGCGGUUUUGUGGCGCUUUGAGGAACCGGAAAAAGAACCUGCUGUUAUACCUG